AUGGCCAUUGUUACAAUCUUGUGCCUGGCAAUUCAAGGGUCUCUGCUCCUUACAGUACAUGCACACAGCCGCCAACUGCUGCAAGGCGGCUGCGUGGGAAUCGGGCAGAGCAUAACGGCGACCGACUCGCCAUGCUAUGAGUUUGUGACGGGGCCAACUUUGGCAGAGUACCGCCGUAUCGCGGCGUUGUCAGACGCCGGCGUCGCCAAUGAGGUCGCCACCCACGCGGCCCCCCCACCCUCGUGCUGCGUUAUUGCCAGGCCCUUCCUGCAGAAUGGGUGUGGAUGCGCCCAGCGCUUCCUGAACCUGGCCUCCAACUUCGGCCACCCCCGGGCAGAGAUCAUCGCCGGGUAUCGGCUGCUGAAGGCAUCCGCAUGCACCAACUCGACAAACGGGGGUGCCAUUAAUGACCCCUGUGGCAUGACCGGACCGCAGAGCGUUUGA